AUGAAAGCGUAUUUAGACCUUCUACAACAUAUCCUAGACGAUGGCGGUGACAAAGGUGAUCGUACUGGUACAGGUACUCGUUCUGUAUUUGGUCAUCAAAUGCGUUUUGACUUGUCAAAAGGGUUUCCGCUACUGACCACUAAAAAAGUUCAUUUCCGCUCAAUUGUGAUUGAACUGCUGUGGUUCCUAAAAGGCGACACCAACGUUCAAUAUUUAAAAGACAAUAAAGUUUCGAUCUGGGAUGAAUGGUCUACCGCUGAACAGACUGCCCGUUUUGGACGCCCUGAGGGUGAAUUGGGCCCAGUCUAUGGUCAUCAAUGGCGUAACUUUGGCGCAACGCAAAAAGACAAUGGUUUGUUUGAAAAUGAUGGUUUUGACCAAAUCAGUUGGUUGGUCAAUGAAAUCAAGACCAAUCCAAACUCACGUCGUUUGAUUGUGUCUGGCUGGAACCCAAAUGAAGCAGGUAAAGUUGCCUUACCGCCAUGCCACACUUUAUUCCAAUUUUUUGUUCAGGAUGGAAAGUUGUCUUGCCAACUUUAUCAACGUAGUGCAGAUGUUUUCUUAGGGGUGCCAUUUAAUAUUGCCAGCUAUGCUCUACUGACUCAUAUGGUUGCUCAAGUUUGUGGUUUAGGCGUAGGUGAUUUUGUCUGGACUGGCGGUGAUACACAUUUAUAUGUUAACCAUUUUGAACAAGCAAAACUUCAGUUAACACGUUAUGAAUCACAUCCUGCAAUUAAAGCACCUGUAGCUGUUUAA